CCCGCCCCGCCCCGCCCCGCCCCGCCGUCCAUUGUCCUCACGCCAUGUGACCGCGGACGGUCACAAAGCGUGGGCCGCUCGCCGCUCCGCGUGCUGAGUCACGGCGCCGCUCGGUGCCGCCGCAGCGCGAGGCUUCGCCAUGGGGACGGAAGGCGCCCGCGCCCUGCUGGAGCGGGCGGGCACCCUGAACCUGCAGACCGGCAACCUGCUGAGCUGGGGCUGCGGCCGCAAGAAGUGCCCCGCCACCCCCAGCGAGGAGGUGCGGGACUGCAUUCAGAAAACGCUGACUGAAUGGAGCUCGAAGGCUGGACAAGAUCAGAAUCAGGAAAUAGUAGAGGUUCUGGAAUGUACUGUAGCUCAAGCUGUAGAAAAAAUGAAUCCUGAAGAAAGGGAUGAACUGAAAGUAUCGGCAAAACUUUUCAUUGUUGGAUCAAACUCCUCAUCGAUCAGGGACGCAGUUGACAUGGCGUGUUCUUCCCUUGGAGUUGCUCAGUUAGAUUCGGUCAUUAUUGCCCCACCUCCUAUUGAAGACGGAACUAGCCUCUCCUUGGAGUAUUUGCAACCUUAUUGGCAAGAACUUGAAACUCUAGUUGAAAACAAAAAGAUUGUUGCCAUAGGCACCUCUGACCUUGAUAAAACACUUCUAGAGCAGCUGUAUGUAUGGGCACAGGUGAAACCAAGUAGCAAUCAGGUGAACCUAGCUUCCUGUUGUGUGAUGCCCCCUGAUCUCACAGCAUUUGCAAAGCAGUUUGACAUACAGCUGCUAACUCACAAUGAUCCGAAAGAAUUACUUUGUGAAGCAAGUUUUCAAGAAGUUCUUCAGGAAAGCAUCCAGAACAUCAAAGCACAUGAAUGGAUUCCUUUAUGGAUUCUCCGGUAUUCAGUCAUUGUUAAAAGCAGAGGAAUUAUCAAGUCCAAAGGCUAUAUCAUGCAAGCUAAAAGAAAUGCCUCUUAAAUGCUUAAUCUUUUUCUAUUCCUUGUAAUGGCCUACUGUUUUAAUUUCUUGGGGAUGGGAGGAACAUGCCUUUUUUCAUAGAGAGACUUUUACAUCAUUUGUAACAAAGACCAAAAGUUGUAAUUAUUGAGUAUGAUGUCAGAAGGAGCAUCUGCAGUGUUCUAAUUAUCUAUUUUUAAUGUAUUGACCAGUUCAUUAGAAAUGUUUUGGUUUUAUUGUUGAAAUGAUCUAUAAAGAAACAGCUUAAAGUAUUUCUUUUUAUGACCAGUUCACUGUAAAAAUUGUCAUUAUAUUUUAGCUACCACUAGGUAGUAUAGAGAUGCAUAUAUUUUUAAAUUUAAUUUCUCUUUAAUAUUUACUAAUCUGGUAUGUACGUAGAUUUCAAACAUUCAAGGACUAAUUUUUAUAGAAAAUUGCCAUCUUUCAUGAAAAAUUAUUCUAAAUAAACUGUCUUUACUUGUUAUGUAUAUAGGCAAAUUAGCUGUUUAACUUGUGUGGAUGGGAAAAAUUGGUUUAUUUUUAAUACCAUGCUUAAAAAAAAAAAAAGCAAUCCUCUGAUUUAGAACAGAUGCAUCUUCCAAAUUGCUUUACUUCUUAUUACUUGAAUUCCUUCCGUCUUUUGUGCCUCAGUGUGCUUUUAGUACGUCACAAGUGAUGGCAUCUUCACAGCUUAAAGGAGAAAAUGUUUUAUUGUAUGUUUAAAAUAAGAACUGGAAACAAAUGAUGAGAAUUGUGUUAAUCAGAAAUCGAAUAGUACUUAGCUUGUCCUCAGCUGUGUGUGUUUAUUUUUGAUAUUUAGGAGCUACGCAAUCUGAAUCAGCCAUGUCAGAAACAGGGGUAAAUGUCAAGGCUGCCGACUGUGUGAUCACGUAGAAGGGAUGCUCUUUCUGAGGAUUGCCUAGGAAGCUUUCUUGCUUGGGUGCCAUUCAGAAGUGAUGCAAAUGGAGAUUAACUUGGACUUAGAUAUAUUUCUGUUUGGCCUUAGCUUAAUGCACUGGCUUUGGAGUCUUAGGGAGAGAUGGCUGCAGCUAAGGCAAGGCUUCUGGUUUAAUGUGCUCUAUUGAAAAGGCAUUUUAAUUUCCUUGGCAUUCAAAUCAGACUAGAUGGCAAAAAAAAGCUCUGUCUGUUGUUCAGCAGGGGCUCUAAGUGUCUAAAAUCAAAUGCUCAUUUUCCACUGGAUUUCAGGUGGGAGUUGCUAGUACUUCUUAAUAGAACUAGUUAAAUCAUUUGUAUGUAUUUUGAACUUUGGACUGUGAGGAAACAGACUCCCACCAUCUUUGAAAUUCUACUGUGCAGGCAGCAAGUGGAAUCUGAAUGCUUGUAGGCACGGUCUGGAAAUACCAGCUCACUAUAAACCAUUCCACUAUGUUACAACAUGGUUCUUUGUUGAGAUACCUUUCAGUUCUUCAUUAUCUUGCCUCUAUAUGGCAAAGCCUAGGAACAUGUGGAUUUCUUCUACUACUUCAGUUGUUUUGAUAAACAGGAGGCAGAGAACUUGAACUAGUAAUGCAUCAAUAAAAUGUUCUUUUUUUUUCCCCCUCCUAAUCAAAAUGUAGGUUUUUUCUGUUGGGUCAGUGUGCAUCGGACUUGGAAAAGGAGGUGUUUCACUUUUAGCUUGUAUACGGCUAUGAGUUGUGUGCCGCUGCUGAUUAACCACUCUGAAUUGUUUGACUGCUGCCAUUAUUAGAGUUGCAUGCGUGUUCUGUAAAUUCCAUAAAGUAAGAGCUGUGCUAAAACAAUGUGCACGUUGCCCUCAUGGUGUAAUUAUUUCCUUUUUGGCUAUCGACUGCUGCAAGUUCUCGUUUAUUCAGGAAAACACCCUUUAAGACAAUCUUGUUUUUGUGAUGUCACUGAUAGCAUAAUGCUUUACCAGCUUUUCAAUAUUAAUUUCUGUGCAUGAGUGGGAGAGGUGAGAUUUCCUUUCAUAGACAACUUGAAUUAAAAAUGGAAUGGCUGUUGUAUGAA